AUGCGCCUCAGCGACACCGAGCAGAGCCGAAACAAGUCGCUGCGUCGAAACAAUGGAGAACACAACCGACGUCUUCAACCAUCCGCUUUCUACGUCGACGCCGUUGUGCAAGGUCCUGCUCCAGCUGACAUCGUUUCCACCCGACCAACACAUCCACACUACGACAACACCGAGUACAAUCUCCUUUCCAUUACCAUCAAACAGCUGUCAAGCAAACCUCAUCUCUCCACUUCCCCUCGGCAACCGGCUUGCAGCCUGCAUCUCAACUUCAUAUUGGUGCAUCCCAACCUUCGAGCUCGCUUCGACGAGCGAGUUCAUCUCUUGGAGCCUGCAGCCGCGUCUGCAGUGGUGCUUACAGCAUGA